GCUAAGACCCGACACUAGUGGAGGUAUUUAUUGAUUGAUUACAAUAUGAAUUUGCGAUCAUAUAGAGAAUUAGAUCACAUUUUCAUUUGCAGUAUUUUCAGUAAUCAGAAAGUUAUAUAUUGUGUAUUAUUCGGUUUAAGCUCGUUUAAAAAUUCGGCCCAUUAGUUCUCAAACGGAUUUUCAUAUUUAUCUUAUCAAUUUUUAACCAAUUGUCCACUGAGUAAGAGUACAUUUCUUUUUUAUUUGUUUAACAUAACCUAUAAAUUUGACGUUUCAAGUUUUAUUGGCGGGCUUCGUUGAUUUGAUAGAUCUUAAAAAUAUCUUGCAUUUACAACAAACAUAUUCUAUAUAAAAUGAACAAAAAUAAAUUAAACACCAAGACAGUGUCUGAAAACAAGAGUGGUACGAUUGAACACUUUUUGGAAAAUUCGGAAAAUAUAAAUCUAUGCGCCUUCGGAAAAAGUGAUAAGCAAGAUAAUCAACCUGCACUUUGCGCGGAUAUUAUCAUAAAGAAACGUAAGGAAAACCAAAAUGAAACUAGCCCACCAUACAAAAAAGCACGAGGUAUAAUAUUAAGUACACUUGAUAAAGAAGAUAACAUGAAGGGUACCGGAAUAUUAAUUGACUCUCUAAACAGGAAUUUAAAUGACUCCGAUCACCGUAAUAACUCUCAAAAAGUAGUUCACAGCAAAAAAGCAAAUAUAACAGAAAUGGAAUUUACGGAUAUCGAUUUCAGCGAUUGGGAAGAUACCUUCGAGUUAUCCAAAGAAAACCUUCUAGAACUAACAGAGCCUCAGCGAUGCAAAGUGCUCGAAAUAUCCCAUUUACAAUCAAAGAUUCUCCUCACUUUGAUAUCCUUACAAAAUCAGCACAAAGGUCUGUGCUACGUGGAAGGCUUGUGGAUGUACACGAAAUUUAAAGUGGAUAGUAUUCUUUACAUGACAGCCGGUAUUGUCGAAGGCAAAUGGGUCGUAAAUAACAAGCACGGGUUGAUCGUCCUAGAACCGGAUAUUCUAAUACCAUCAACGACUAUUACAAGUUUCUUAUGGUGUAAACGAAAGAGCAUACUCAGUGAAAGAUACAGAGGCUUCGAAUCCACAAAUCAAGCUAUGCUCGUAGGCUCUAUAGUGCAUAGCAUCAUACAAGAAGCAAUGAAAAACGACAUAAACAACACAAAAGAGCUAAUCGAAAUUUCUAAGAAACACAUGUAUCAAAAACGCGUUAUAAAAUGCUUGUACGAAUGCGAUAUCACCAUGGAAACAUUAGAGGAAGAAGUGAAUCAGUACAUUCCGAGAAUCGAAGAUUUCCUUAAAACUUACAUUCGACCUGGUUUCCCAAAGCAGUCGAUCAAAAACAACUGGAAAGGCAGAAUAGACGCAAUAGAAGAUAUAGAAGAAAACGUGUGGUGCCCGGAAUUGGGUCUAAAAGGAAAAAUCGAUGCGAUGGUUACGGCCGAAGGCCGAACAAUGCCCGUCGAAAUAAAAACCGGCAGAGCUAGAGUAUCUUUGGAGCAUCGCGGGCAAAUACUAUUGUAUCUGGCUAUGAUAAAAAAUAUCGGCUACAACGCAACUUCCGGGCUGCUGUUGUAUUUAAAGGAAGGAAUUUUGAAGGAGAUACCCGCUUCGAAUCACGAACAAACCGAUUUAAUUCAACUCCGAAACGAAUUCAUCUAUUACAUAACGAAUUCAUCGACUGUAAGUAACGAUAAGUUUCUUCCACCAGUCCUGCCGGAACCGAUAGAUCAUCAUUUUUGCUCGAAUUGUUCCUACAAUAACAUUUGCGCGGCGUAUUCUUACUACACAAACGAAGACCUAACUAACAGGAAACACCUUAAAAAAAUCCAACAAGAAACGUUGAAUUAUUUAAACGAAAGCCACAUUGAAUAUUUCAUGAAAUGGAGCGCUCUGUUGAUUAUGGAGAGCCAAGAGAACGAGUUUAAAUCCUCCGUAAAGCAGGCUAAGGAUAUUUUUUUGAUUCCUCCAGAAGAACGGGAAGUAAGGGGUAGAUGUCUUACUAAUUUAGAAGUAGAUCUGGUAAUCGAAGAAUCCGCAGAAGCAGUACAACACGUUUUCCACAAGCCUAAUGCAAAUUCUAACUUUCUAAACAGCGGUAUCUACCAAAGUAACUACGUGAUAGUGAGCACGGAGAAACGAUACGCAGUAGCCUGCGGUUUCGUUAGCAAAAUCUCGCACGAUUCCAUCGUGGUGAAUUUAGAUAAAAAUUUAGAACAGAAAUAUCCCAACAGAAAAUUCACCAUCGACACCUACGAAUCGGGCCGACUACAAACGUACCAAUUCAGCAGCCUCGCUUUGCUGCUCGAAAACACCCCGAAGGCCGACAAUUUGAGGAAAACGAUCAUCGACAAAGCGCCGCCUACGUUCAAACCCACCCUACCGAAAAUCAUCGCCAGCAAAGGCAAGCACAUCCUGAAAACCCUAAAUCUCGUCCAGCAAAGAGCCGUGCUGAAGGCGAUCACGGCCAACGAGUACUUCCUGAUCAAAGGCAUGCCCGGCACAGGCAAAACCGCCACCAUCGUGGGCUUGAUACAGCUGUUGAUCGAGCUGGACAAGACCGUUUUGAUAACCAGCCACACGCACUCGGCCGUCGACAACGUCUGCCUGAAGCUCCUAAAACGCGGCGUUAAAUUCAUGCGCUUGGGCGCCGACUCUAAAAUCCACAAAGACGUGCUGCAGUACUCCGAGCACAAUCUGACCAAACACUGCUCGACGCCCGAGGAGUACGAGGCCGCGUACAACAGCGCCCGGAUCCUGGCCGUGACCUGCUACGCCUCCGGCCACCCCGUUCUGACCAAGCGUUCCCUGGACUUUUGCAUCGUCGACGAAAGCACGCAAGUCCUCCAAAGCGCCAUCAUACGCCCCCUGUACUCCUGCAAAACCUUCGUGUUGAUAGGCGAUCCCGAUCAACUACCAGCCGUCAUUAAAAACAACACCGCCAAGGAGCUCGGCAUGGCGGAGAGCCUGUUCGAGAGGCUCUACAGACCCGACGCCGCCAUAGCUUUGAACAUUAACUACCGAAUGAACAGAACAAUAACAUCCUUCGCUAACUGUCUGACGUACAACGGGGAGUUGAAGGUAGCGAACGAGGCGAUCGAGAACGCCACCAUCAAAGCGAAUUCGCUGGAGCUUCGCGGAGAAGCCAGCUGGAUUUCGAAAGUGCUCGACGGUUCCAUCGAAGAAGCCGUGCAAUUCGUCGACACCGGUCCGGUGUGGAACCUUCCGCAAAACGCCGCUUGGAAGAUAAACAAGCGCUACAAAACCGACGAUGAUGGCUCCAAAACCCUCAUAAACAUCCACGAGGUGGGCGUUAUCGUCAGAAUCGUUAGAGCUUUACUCGCCGCGGGCGUGGAUUCCGUCGAUGUAGGAGUGAUCGCGACGUACCGGCACCAAGUCGAGCAGCUCGACGCGGUACUACGGCCGUACUCGAUCGACGUGAACACGGUGGAUCAGUUCCAAGGGAAGGACAAGGGCGUGAUAAUUUACUCGUGCGGUUGUUCGAGGGACGUCGCGGCGUUCGCGGCGCCCGGCAGGCACGAUUUGCUGGAGGAUAAGAGGAGGUUGAACGUGGCCAUGACGAGGGCCAAGCACAAGUUGCUCGUCGUCGGCGACGUUAAAACGCUGAUGGUGUUCUCGACGUUUAAGAAACUGUUGGAGAGGUUCGAGGAUAAAAUCGUGCGAUUGGCGGAUUAUGAAGAUUUUAGCUGGGAGAGAGUGCUGGAUGUGAAUUCGUGAGGGUUGACGGGUGGUUGUUGUUUAUGGAAGUUGCAUUUUUUUAUAUACAGCGUGUCCCGGAAGGGAUGCAGUCGUGAAUAUAAUUUGAAUCUUUUAUGAUCACAACUUCAAAAUUAUUUUUUUGUUGUGAUUUUUUUUUCUUAGAAAUGUCGCACUUUAUUUUUAGAAAUGAUUUAAUUUUUGGUCGGGUUUAAUUUUUAUAUUUUUUAAUGGAAUACACCUAAUUUAGACCGGAUAAUGACCUAUAUUAUCAAUAAUCGAAUAAAAUCGUAUAAAUUCUGAUUACUGACUUUGAUGAAAUUAUUGGGCAAGUCAAGAAUUCAAAUGUUACAAUAAUUAACAUUUAUUGAGUUCGUGACUUGUCGUUUGUGUCCUUACAUUCCUAAUAAAUCCCUAAUCCGUGUGUAUUGUGUUUGGUGGUGUUUUGGUGAAACUAAGAAGCUUAACUAACACGUCUAGCUUUGUUAAAAUAUUUACACGAAAUUAAUUUAAUAAAAUGUUACAAUCAAAUAUUUGUAGUAUAUGUUGUUCUUUCUAUUCAUGAUCAUCGAGUAUAUUCAGGCUUAUUUAACAUAAAAUUAUGGGUACUUAUGCUUUCGUUUUGAUAAAGUGGGAUUGUAUCUUGUUAUUUUUGUAAUGGUUAAUGGUAUUGCAUCAUGUUCUAUUGUUUGUCUUAAAUCUUUUGGUUAUUUUAGAUUCUAAUUAAAAUCUUGUAGCUUCUGAAACGAAUCCAAAAUAGAGCAUUUAUAAAUAACCCAUGUGUCGUUUUUUCGUUUAAAGGACGAGCCAUUGUCAAUUUCAUCAGCUUUAAAUUUGACAAAUAAAUGUCAGAGCCAAGAAACCAUAGCAACAAUUAAUUGACACAUUUUAUAGUACGUUCAGAAUUAAUUCUUAAAUGUAUCAAUAUGCCCGGGGUUAAAACUAAAUUGGUCUUCACGUGAAUACGCAUUAUUAAAAUGUUUUCAAAUUUGGAGGUUGACUUAAGAAUGAAAUUACCUUUAAAACGAGGUGUCACUUGACCUCCCUUUCCAUAAGAAAAAAAGAUUCAAAAUGGCGCCUAACUGUCAUUUUGAAAGUUUCAACUGUCAUUUUUACGUCAAAAAAUAGUAUUUUUACUCCAAUAUAUAAACACCCCAAUUUGCGCGACAAAAAGCUCUUACCAUUCAAAUGUUAAAGGGGGGGCGACGGACUUUUGGUCUUCAAUGUAUAUUGUAUAAAUGUAUAAAUAUAUUGUUAAAUUUGAUAAAUUUUUACAGCUCAUAACUUAUGUUUCGUGUAAAUAUAAACUGCCUGUAAAUGCAAAUAGCGUGUGUCCGUUUAUCGCAGAAAGGGUAAAGCUAAUUCUAAAUGUUUUCUCUUCCUUCCUCUCCCCGUGCCUCUAUCAUCGCGUCAUACAUUCUAUUUUCUGUUUAUCAUCUUAUUUAUUUUGAUCGUUUCGCAUAUUUUGGUUUGGUUUAUCAUUUGAUUUGUACACGCAUCGCACACGCUCCCCCACGGCCCGAUCCCUCCCGCCCUCCCAUCGUCCCCGUUUCCGAAUUUAGUGGGUUCGAACCUCUUACUCCUGAUAUCCCAACCAGGCAGGAUCCGCACGGAGGUGGU